AUGAUUGACACGCUUGUAACAUCAGAAGCUCAGGACCUGCUUCACCAGCUGAACUCACUCUUGGAACAGGAGCUGAAAUGCCAACCAAAGGCUUGUGGUUUGCGGCUGAUUGAAACGACUCACGACAAUGGCCUCCGGAUGACUGCCCAACUUCGUGACUUUGAAGUGAAAGAUUUGCUUAGCUUAACUCAGUUCUUUGGUUUCAAUACAGAGACAUUCUCCUUAUCUGUGAACCUUCUGGACCGGUUUUUAGCUAAAAUGAAGGUGCAGCCAAAACAUCUAGGUUGUGUUGGCCUCACCUGCUUCUAUCUAGCUGUAAAAGCCACAGAAGAGGAGAGAAAUGUCCCCCUGGCAACAGAUCUAAUCAGAAUAAGUCAGUACAAGUUCACUGUUUUUGACAUGAUGCGGAUGGAGAAGAUUGUGCUUGAAAAGUUGGGCUGGAAAGUGAAAGCUACAACUGCAUUAAACCUGUUACACCUAUACCAUUCCCUUAUUUAUGCGAAUCUGUCUAGUGAAAGGCAAAAGCUAUUUACAUUAGAGAGACUUGAAACCAAUCUGAAAGCUUGUCAUUGUAAGAUUGGAUUCUCCAAAGCAAAGCCCUCUGUGUUGGCCUUGUCAAUUUUGGCUGUUGAAGUUCAGGAACAGAAGUUGCAUGAACUGACAGAUAUGAUGGGAUCGCUACAGAAACAUUCCAAAAUAAGCAGCAGAGACUUGUUCUGUUGGAAAGAGCUUGUAUCAAAGUGCCUUGCAGAGUAUUCUUCAAGCAAAUGUUCAAAGCCAAAUGUGCAAAAGCUAAAAUGGAUUGUAUCGGGUCGCACAGCAAGACAACUAAAGCACAGUUACUAUAAGAUAGCACAUUUACCCACAAUUCCUGAAACUGGGUCCUGA